CCAGGCGGCGGGCCGGCGCGGCCCCGCGCGGAAGACUGUGUGUGUGUCCUGAGGGAAGCCUCGCUAUGGCAGCCAACCCACCGCCCUUUGACCAGGAAGAGCUUGUGAUCAUCAAGGUGGAGGAGGACGAGGACUCCCCGUGGGAUCCUGAGCCCCUCUCUGAUUCUCACCCCCCGGUCCUGUCAUCCGGGCUUGGUGGGGACCCCCGGCAGCGUUUCCGGGGGUUUCGUUAUGAGGAGGCGGCAGGACCCCGCCAGGCCCUAGCCCAGCUCCGCGAGCUCUGCCGCCGGUGGCUGCGGCCCGAGGCGCGCUCCAAGGAGCAGAUGCUGGAGCUGCUGGUGUUGGAGCAGUUCCUGGGCGUGCUGCCCCCCGACACCCGGGCCUGGGUGGAAUCCCAGUGCCCCCAGAGUGGUGAGGAGGCCGUGGCGCUCGUGGAGGACCUGGAGCCAGUGUGGCGGAAGGAUGCACUGUUCCAGGCCCCGCCCCAGGAGCAGCUGUCUGGAGACCUGGCGGAACCUGCCAAGCCCUUCGCCGAUGAAGCUCAGGGUGGGCCCGGGGCUGCUGCCGCGCCAUCAGCAGACACAGGGCAGGAGUGUACGUAUUCUUCUGCGCUGCCUGGAGUCAGUGAUGCGUUCAGGGCGCCCCUGUCAACGGUCUCGGGCCUGAAGCUGCCCCUGAAGCGGCCGAGGAGCGCCGACACGGGCCAGAGUGCCAAGCGGGACCGCAAAGCCAUCAACCUGCAGGUGAAGCUGGAGGUGCUGCGGCGCUUCGAGGCCGGAGAGAAGCUCAGCAGGAUCGGCCAGGCGCUGGGGCUGUCCACCUCCACCGUGGCCACCAUCCGUGACAACAGGGACAAGAUCCGGGCCAGCUCGCAGGCUGCCACGCCGCUGGCCGCCGCCCGGCUGACGCGCAGCCGCAGCCUGGUGAUGGAGAACAUGGAGCGGCUGCUGAGCGUGUGGAUCGAGGACCAGACCCGGCGGCGUGCGCCGGUCAGCGUGGUGCUCAUCCAGGAGAAGGCACGCAGCCUGUUUGAGGCCCUGAAGCGCGAGCAGGGCGUGGACGCCGAGGCGGAGACCUUUGCCGCCAGCCGCGGCUGGUUCGCCCGCUUCAAGGCGCGCCACAGCCUGCAGGCCCUGGGCGCGGGGGCCGAGGCGGGGCCUGCUGACCCCGUGCGCCGCUUCCCCGCGCUGCUGCGCAGGGUCAUCCGCGAGGCUGGCUACUCGCCCCUCCAGGUGUUCAGUGUGGACGAGACCCGGCUGCUCUGGAAGCGCCUGCCCCGGGGGGCGUCCCCACCCCGGGGGCAGGAGUCGGGCCCGGGACCCGGAGCACUGCUGACGCUGCUGCUGGGGAGCAAUGCUGCCGGUGACUUCAAGCUGAAGCCCCUGCUGGUGUACCCCACGGAUAACCCGCGCGCCCUCGCGGGCCUGGCCAAGCCCACCCUGCCUGUGCUGUGGCGCUCGCACCGACGGGCCCGGGUCACCACCGGGCUCUUCCAGGAGUGGUUCGUGCACUUCUUCUGCCCCGCAGUGGAGCGCUACUGCGUGCGCCAUGGCCUCCCCUUCCAGGCGCUGCUCCUGCUGGCCCGCGCCCCCUGCCGCCCCGGGAACCUGGAUGACCUCUCGGACCACGUGCGCGUGGAGUACCUGCCCCCGGGCGGCGCGGGCCUGCUGCAGCCCAUGAGCCGGGACGUGGCCACCACCUUCAGGGCUUGCUACCUGCGGAGGGUCUUGCGCCUGCUGUUGGCCCGGGCGGGCGGCGUGGACAGGCGUGCGGGGCCCUGGGAUGCCUGGCGGGACUACAGCAUCCUGGACGCCAUCUACAACAUCGCCGAGGCCUGGGAGGACCUCCCGCCCGCCACGCUGAACGCAGGCUGGAGGCAGCUGUGGCCCGAGUGUGUCCGGCGCGAGGCCGGCGUCCCGCCCGGGGAGACGCUCCCGCAGAUUCGGCGGGAUGUGCUGGCGCUGGCCCACGCCAUGGGCUUCGGCGGCAUGGUGGAGGCGGAUGUGCUGGAGCUGCUGCAGGGCCACGGGGCCGACCUGCUCAGCCAGGAGGCGGUGGGGCUGCAGCAGGAGCUGGCCGCCGAGGAGGACGGCGAGGACGGCACCCCGACCCCCCGCCAGCUCACUGCCAGGCGCCUCGCCCAGGCCCUGGCCCACUUGGACGCUGGCCUGCAGGUCAUCCGUGACCACGACCCCAACCUGGAGCGCAGCCUCAGGGUCUGCCGGGGCAUCAACAGCCUCAUCUGCUGCUACCGGGAGCUCUUCAAGGAGAAGAAGAGGGGCUCCAAGUAG